AUGGGCCCUUGCUGCUGGGACGUUCCAAUGCUUGUGAAGCUCAUCGACCAGGGCCUGAACAUCGCCAGGCUGAACUUCUCUCAUGGAGACCAUGAGGGCCAUGGUGCCACUGUCGGCAGAGUCCGCGAAGCCUCCAAGCAGCGACCUGACAAGCCUGUGGCGAUCUUGCUGGACACGAAGGGUCCAGAGAUCCGAACAGGCUUCUUCAAGGAAAGCUUGGCUGGUGGAAAGAUUUCGCUGAAAGCCGGCCAAGACCUGAAGCUCGUGAACGACUAUGACUUCAAGGGUGAUGAGACCUGCAUCGCUUGCAGCUACAAGACACUGCCCACAGCUGUGAAGCCAGGCCAGAUCAUCUUGGCCGCGGAUGGAUCUUUGUCUUUGAAGGUCAAAAGCACGGGCGCUGAUCACGUCGUCACAGAGGUGCUGAACGACAUUGCCAUCGGAGAGAAGAAGAACAUGAAUCUGCCAGGUGUGAAGGUUGAGUUGCCUGUGCUCCAGGAAAAGGACCGGAAGGACCUCAUUGAAUUUGGCGUGCCGCAAGGUGUCGACUUCAUUGCGGCUUCUUUCGUUCAGGACGCCAAGGAUGUCAAGCUCAUCCGAGACACUCUUGGAAUGCGAGGGCGUUCUAUCAAGAUUAUCUCCAAGAUUGAGAAUCAGGAGGGAAUUAACAACAUCGAUGAGAUCAUUGCAGAGAGCGAUGGAAUCAUGGUUGCGCGCGGCGACAUGGGCAUGGAGAUUGACAUCGAGAAGGUCGGGCUGGUUCAAAAGAUGAUCAUCAUGAAGUGCAAUGCGGCUGGCAAGUUCGUGGUGACAGCUACGCAGAUGCUCGAUUCCAUGGAGCGAGCUCCCCGCCCAACACGCGCCGAAGCUACAGAUGUGCUGAAUGCUGUUUUGGACGGCACGGAUGUCGUGAUGCUUUCUGGUGAGACCGCCAACGGCAAGUUCCCUGAAGCCGCUGUUGCAACCAUGCGGAGAAUCUGUGAGCAGGCAGAAUCAGUGCUGGAUUACAAGUCCCUCUACCUCAACAUGCGACAGCUUGUCCUGAAGAAGGACAUGGGCAUGUCGGCGGUGGAGUCUGUGUGCUCCUCUGCAGUCAAAGCCUGCGUUGACUCCAAAUGCCCACUGAUCAUUGCUCUCAGCGAGACUGGAACAACCGCAAGGCUGAUUGCCAAGUAUCGUCCUCAGUCUCCGAUCCUGUGCAUCACAGCUAGCGAGACCAACCUUCGACAGCUGCUUGCAAUUCGUGGCGUCAUUCCCAUCCUCACAGCUUCCUUCCAGGGCACCGACUCUGUCAUUGCCAAAGCCUUGACUCGAGCCAAGGAGCACAACAUGGUGAAGUCUGGUGACAUUGUUGUGGCCGUGCAUGGCCAGAAGGAAGAAUGCCCCGGAGCCUCAAACCUGAUGAAGAUGGUCACGGUUCCGUGA